GCAUGCAACACACCACUAGCUCUUCUUUGUCUCUUUGGCUUAACCCUACUCCAUCUCUCCUUUGCCCAAGACACCCAACAAGACUACCUCAAAGCCCACAAUGACGCCCGUGCAGCUGUGGGAGUUGGUCCUCUUACAUGGGAUGACAAAGUGGCUGCAUAUGCAGGAGACUAUGCCAAUAAACGUCUUGGCGACUGCAAGCUUGUGCACUCCGACGGGUCCUAUGGUGAAAACAUUGCAUGGGGCAGUGCUGGCCUUUCCGGCAUGGCGGCAGUGAAGAUGUGGGUGGACGAGAAGAAGAGCUAUAACUACAACUCUAACUCCAGCGCUGCAGGCGCCGUGUGCGGGCACUACACUCAGGUGGUGUGGCGCAAUUCUGUUCGUCUAGGAUGUGCUAAGGUUCGGUGCAACAGCGGAGGCACAUUCAUUACCUGCAACUAUGAUCCCCGGGGCAAUUAUGCUGGGCAGAAGCCUUACUAG